GAUAAUUUAUUCAUAAUGUUGGCAAUAGUGGCCGUUCUAACGCUGGCCAUAUUAGUGUUCUACAAUAAAUGGAGGAGAAACUAUUGGAAAAGAAGAAAUGUGCUACAGCUUGAAUCCACGCAUUGGUUUUUCGGCAAUUCAAAAGAUUUAUUACUAAAUAAAAGGCACAUGUGGGAUGUUGUUCGAGAAAACUAUGAUUAUUUUAAAAGCAAUCAAGUGAAAUACGGAGGAUUGUAUUCCCCCGUAGAAAAUAUAUUAUUCGUUAUAGACCCGCAGUUGAGUAAAACCAUAUUGAUCAAAGAUUUCGACUCUUUCAUGAAUCACGGGAUGUAUUUCAAUGAAAAAACUGACCCGUUGAGUGCGAAUCUUUUCAUGUUGGAAGGUCCGAAAUGGAGAGCGUUGAGACAAAAGUUAACUCCAACUUUUACAUCCGGUAAAAUCAAAAUGAUGUAUCACACAAUGAUGACGUGCGCAUCGGUUUUGAGUGAUGUUAUGAAAAAUAUUUCUAUAUCUGACGAGCCGGUUGAAAUGCGAGACGUGCUUGCGAGAUUUACCACGGACAUAAUAGGCAGUUGCGCAUUUGGAAUCGAUUGCAACAGCUUAAAAGACCCAAAUUCCGACUUCAGGGUGUACGGACGGAGGUCAGCGGAACCAACUCUCUCCUUCACUCAGCUGACAAAAAUGUUAUUAAUGAUGCUCCUUCCAAAUGCAGUCAUUACUGCAAUUGGUCUGAAAGGUAUGGACCAAGACGUUGAAGAUUUUUUCGUGAACGUUGUCAAGAGUAAUAUAGACUACAGAGAAAAAAACAAUGUGAUUCGCAAAGAUUUCUUGCAACUACUGCUCCAAUUGAAAAACCAAGGGCAAGUUAAGGAAGAUGGUGAUUUGUCUGUGAAAAUAACACAACAAUCUGCCAUGACCUUUAUGGAGUUAGCGGCGCAAUGCUUUGUGUUUUUCAUUGGUGGGUUUGGAACUUCUUCGGAUGUCAUGACGCAUGCUUUGUAUGAACUAUCAUUAAAUCAAGACGUACAAGUCAAAAUUAGGAAGAGCAUUAAUGAAGGCUUGGCCAAGUAUAAUAACGAAAUGUCAUAUGAAGCGAUUCAAGAAAUCACAGACUUGGAAAACGUUGUCAACGAAACCAUGAGAAAAUACCCGAUUGCUCCAGUUCUGCCUAGGCGUUGUACCAAAACGUAUAAAGUUCCAGAAUCCGAUUUGAUAAUAGAAAAGGGUACAAAAGUGUGGGUGCCUGUAACUGGAUAUCAUUACGAUUCAGAGUUUUAUCCAAAUCCCGAGAAAUUUAAUCCUGAUCGAUUUUACGAAAAUAAUCCCGAUUACAGACCCGAUGUUUUAUUUUUACCAUUUGGAGACGGUCCCAGACAAUGUAUUGGUCUGAGAUUUGGUUUACUGCAGAGCAAACUGGGACUGGCUACCAUAUUAAAGGAUUACAAAUUUAGUUUGAAUGACAAAAGUGAUAUUGGAAAAAAGCUGCUCUAUCUCAAUAUUUCGAAAGCUUAAUCUAGAUGCGAAGUUCCAAAAGUAUUCAAAAUUUCAAGACUUUCGCAACCAAAUCACCCGGUGAACGAAUAACGUGGUUAUUUUUUAAGCACAUGUUCUACUAUUUUAUUAUGAAGUCUCCGUAUUAGUAGUAGUAAUAUUUCUUUAUUUUUUUCAUGAUUAUGUACAAUUUGCAAAUAUAACGAAAUUCACAGACACGAUGCAUAAGCUAAUUUGCUUAAACGACCAGAAUAUCAGCAAGAUCGUCAAAUAUCAAUCGCAUUGGCAUUGACAUUGAGUGUAAUUUUAUGAAAUUUAUAUGACGUUUGUACUUGUGUUUGAUAGCGAGUUGCUUGAUUUAAACCAUGUCUCUAAUUGAUUUCAUGUACAUUCAAGACAUUUGCCACAUCCCCCUAACGAUAUUGACUCAAAACCUGUGAAGAUUUGUUUAGUUGGAACAGGAAUAGAACUCUGAUACACCUAAAAAUUGUUUAUUUUAUUACUUCGGCCCUUAGAAAUAUGCCACAAUACUCCGUCUUCUCUCUCUGAAAAUUUGAUGAUAUACCCUACUAAAUGCUUUUGAUAGAUUUAUGCAAAUAUAUAUCUUUUCUAAUGAUUGUAUUGAUAUUCCUCUAAUUUAAUUUUAAAUGAUCUGCAAACCUCUGUGGAAAAACAAAUAUUUGUGAUAUUUGUGACCACUAGUUCUGAUAAUAGUUUCUCUUUUGGUCAACAAAACUCUAAGCGUGAUUUUUAAAAUUUUUGUUGUUAGUUAAAAAAAAGUCUAUUUAGGAUCUUAAUUUUUGUAUGAUCGUGUCUUCGGAAGUUCUUGCCAAAUGCGAAAAUUUGUUAUCAUAAACUUGACGAAAAAAAGUGUCCCUUCCUAAAAAGUCCUGCUUGGUGCACAAGAAUAUUUUUACCGAACAUAACUUCAAAAAGUACCGGUGUUGUGCGCUAAUCGAAGGACCAGUAAGUUUUGAGAAUUUCAUGUUUUUAUGUAUUUAUUGCGAAAAACAAUAAAUGAG